CGUUGCUAAAUUUGGGAGUCUCAUUCUUUAAAUGGGUGAGGAGGCAGCUCUGCCCUUCAGUCAGAGUCUCUUCACUGUGCUGGAGCGGAGGCCUCGGCAGCACCUUCAUCCCUCUGCUGCUCUAAGACCAGGGUUCAUUCUCCCGACGCGCUGUCCAAUGACACGGGAGAAGAUGAUCUGCAGGAUCCUGCUGCUCCUCAUCCUCACCUCAUGUGUCUCUGGAUCAUUUGUAGUGAAUGUGACACAGACCUCCUAUCAGGCAGAGGAGAACCACAACAUCACACUGGAGUGGACGUUCUUAACCACAGCUAAGAGCAACUCCAAUUCUCUUUCCAUCAUCUGUGAAAAGGAAGAUGAUAAUACAUCCUCAGUCCUGUAUCAUGUUCAUGAAGGUGUUGAGAUGCCAGAGGUUCAGGAUAAAAGAUUUUCAGGACGAGUCCAGAGUGACAAAGAUGCCCUCAGAGAAGGACGAAUCAGACUUCAACUGUCCAGACUCAGGACUGAUGACUCGGGUCUGUACCUGUGUGAGGUCAACACGGAUUAUGGCUUUCACUUUGACAGCUGUCGACUCAACGUCACCGCAGCUGCAGCUCAUUCGCUACACAAAAGAUCAAUUAUGAGUCUACAGUCUGAGAGCUGGGACAGGACCGUCCUCUACCCUUUACUGGGACUGGCACCUGCACUGGUUACGCUCAUCUCUGCCUUCAGACGUCACAAUCGAUUCAGAAGACGCUAAACUGUUACGCAGGUGUUUAACAAGCUUUGAGGUGUGUUUACUUUUCUUUGUGCAACCAGCCGGACCUGUUUUCUGUUUCUUUAUGCACUAAGAAACUAAAAGCAGGACUAAGAGGGCUCAUUCCUAUCACGAUCAGCCAUGAGAGAAAACCUGAAAACAAAUAACCCAAGAGUGCUGUCAUACUAAAGUUCAUAUUUAAAUUUCAUGUUACUGUGAGUUUAAACUGUCUUAUGCUCUCAGUGUAGAUUAUACUUGCAGAUCUGUCAUAUUUAUUAUGGGAAACUGCAGCACCGCUUUUUAAAUGGGUUCAGCCUGCAGCUACGCUGUUCUCCAUAAUUUGAAUGAAAUGUGCUGUUAGUGUAUUUAAUCCUGUAACUCACUGAUCUUUGUGAUGCAUAAAACACUCCCU